CCUAGCUGGAGACAUAUUCGAGAGAGAUCUUGGCUGACCUGUUCCGUUUCCGCUUUGGACUUGUUUGGACCGUAAUAUCGUUGUGUCUCACGUGAAAAGACGAUUCAAUUUUUAACAUUUCGAAAAUGGCUAUGCACAUACCGAAAGCGCCUGGCGUAGCGCAGAUGCUUAAGGAUGGGGCCCGCUAUUUUUCGGGCCUGGAAGAAGCAAUCUACAGAAACAUUACGGCCUGCAAACAAUUUGCAGAUACUGUGAGAAGCGCAUACGGUCCUAAUGGCAUGAAUAAGAUGAUCAUUAAUCAUAUUGAAAAACUGUUUGUAACUAAUGAUGCGGCAACGAUUAUCAAUGAAUUAGAAGUGGAGCAUCCAGCUGCAAAGUUGUUGGUUUUUGCAUCAAAAAUGCAGGAAGCUGAAGUAGGAGAUGGAACAAACUUUGUUAUUAUCUUUGCUGGAGCAUUGCUUCACGCUGCAGAAGAAUUGCUUCGUCUAGGAAUUACGACUUCAGAGAUUGUUGAAGGUUACGAAAAUGCCUUGAAUAAAGCGCUCGAAAUCUUACCAACACUAGUUGUUCAUGAAGUGAAAAAUGUACAUUCUGAAGAAGAAGUAAAAAAGGGGAUUAGGACCGCUAUUAUGAGCAAACAAUAUGGAAACGAGGAUAUUCUCGCUUCUCUCGUUACCAAAGCUUGCAUUUCCAUCUUACCAGAGAAAACGACAUUUAAUGUCGACAAUGUGCGGGUUUGCAAGAUACUCGGAGGUGGCUUGAGCAAUUCCCAAGUGAUCCAAGGCAUGGUGUUUAAACGUCAUGCAGAGGGAGAAGUCACAAGAAAGACCAACGCGAAAAUCGCGGUUUAUACUUGCGCUGUGGAUAUCACCCAGACUGAGACCAAGGGUACCGUACUGAUAAAGACGGCCGAUGAGCUCUUGAAAUUCUCGCGCGGCGAGGAAUCGCUGCUGGAAAAUCAGAUCAAAGCGAUCGCCGACAGCGGUGCCGAGGUAGUGGUAUCAGGUGGAAAGUUCGGAAACAUGGCCUUGCACUAUAUGAACAAGUACAAUCUGAUGGCCGUUCGUAUCCCGAGCAAGUUUGAUAUCAGACGACUUUGCAAAACCGUCGGCGCCACCGCGCACUCAAAACUGAUACCUCCGUCGAAAGAAGAGUUGGGAUAUGCCGAUACGGUGCAUAUAGAGGAAUUGGGAGACACUUUAGUGGUGGUGUUCAAACUGGAUGGAAAGGAAAGUCGCGUUAGCACUGUGCUCGUGCGUGGUUCCACCGAGAAUUACAUGGACGAUAUCGAGCGCGCGAUCGACGACGGUGUUAACACCUUCAAGGGCAUCACAAAGGAUGGUCGAUUUGUCCCGGGUGCGGGUGCCACGGAACUCGAGCUUGCUGCGCAGUUGGCGUUAUAUGCGGACACGCUUCCUGGCCUGGAACAAUACGCAGCACGCAAAUUUGCCACUGCAUUGGAGAUAUUCCCUAAGACGCUGGCCGAGAGCAGCGGUACUCACGCUUCCGAGCUUCUAUCAAAGUUGUACGCAGCCCAUAAGGAGGGAAAGCUUAUUUUCAUUUAUUCGAUAAUCAUCUUCAGAUAAUGUGGUGAUGGUGCAGCUCUGAUCGAUACUGUCGAGGCAGGAAUCCUGGAUCUAUAUUUGACGAAGCAAUGGGCGAUGAAAUAUGCGGUUGGUGCAGCGUGCACAGUUCUCAAAGUAGAUCAAAUUAUUAUGGCGAAGAGGGCAGGUGGCCCGAAGGUUCCAUCAGGAGGCGCUCGUGAAGAAGAUGAUUAAUAAAGCACAAAUUGACAAAAUAA